AUGCCACAGAGCAAGAGCCGCGGAAACAAUUCCCGGGCGUGGCGGGAGCGCAGCGAGUCUUCCAACAGAUCGGCUGAAGUUCAUUCUUCCGAUGAGUCCGCAACGAAUGGAGAUGAUGAUGCUGCGGGGGCGUGGGCGACGGUGGCUCCGGCACCGGGAAGACGCGGCAGACAAAGGACGUUGAAGCAGGAGCAUGUAGCGUCGGGGUCCAGGUGGCCGUGCCGCAUCUUGGGGGCUCUCUGCGCCCUUUUGGUCGCCUAUGUCCAUCUCUACUCCAACAUGGAUGCCGAUCACGACUUCCCAUGCCGCUGUAGCGAGGCGGGCGGGGGGCCACUCGCGUCCGCGCUUGCAAGUAGGCGCCUGGGCCUGACGGGCGUUCAUUUGCACAGCCUCAAUCGGGCGGCGGUGAGGGAAGAGCUUGCGGCCCUCUCGAGAUGUGCAGCCAUUCACCGACUGACAAGUGCCUUUGAGGACGUCCCCUCGUUUUCCAAGCGCCUGCGGAGGGACGCAGCUCACGCCAGGUGCAUCGUUUGGCUUGCUGAGGACGUGUACGUCGUGCGCGGAGUAGCAAACGCGAUGAAAGAGCUCCUGGAGGACAACGCACUGCGGGGCGAGCACAUUUUGCGGGAUGGCUCAAGAGGACUUUUCGUGCUGAUGUCAAACAACAGCCGUGGGGAGUUAACAAAUAUCCUCCCUCAUCGCGUGGUUCACAUGUUUCGCACGAUAACUCUGUAG